CCCCUUUCGGCCCUUCUGCCCCCCUCCCACCUCCGCACCUUGGCCCGCCGUUGGCUCCACGAGGACUGCCCGGGCCCCGACCCCGCCGCUUUACUUGUGGGUCUGACCCCACGUCGGGCCCACAUCGUCUGUAAAUCCCCGGGCCUUUUAGCCGGCUUACCAUUCGCCGACGCCGUUUGGGCGGAAGUCUCGUGCGUUUCUACUUGGAAACUUCCGGAAGGUGAUCACGUGACCCCUGGAACGGUAGUGGCGGAAGUAACGGGCCCGGCAGCCAGGAUCCUCCAAGGGGAAAGAGUGGUCUUGGAGCUGUUGAGUCGUUGCAGCGGGACGGCGACGGCGGCCGCCAGGGCCGUGGGGGUGGGGAGGGGGUUGGGAUGGAAGGGGGCGGUGGGAGGGACCAGGAAGACCACGCCGGGCUUCCGGUUGGUGGAGAAAUACGGCCUGAGGGUCGGAGGGGCCGACCCGCAUCGUUACGACCUGGGAGGGACGGUGAUGGUGAAGGAUACACAUCGGGACGCUGCCGGGAUCGGGAUGGGGCAGUUGGUGCUCCGUGCGCGCCGUGCGGGCGGUUGGAGCCGCCGCGUGGAGGCGGAGUGCGGCAGCGCGGCCGAAGCUCUGCAGGCGGCGCUGUUCGGGGCCGACAUCGUCCUGCUCGACAACAUGGAGCCCCAGGAGCUGCACGCGGCGGCGGCGGCGGUGAAGGCUCAGCACCCCACGGUGACGGUUGAGGCCAGCGGGGGAAUCACGGAGGAGGCGCUGCCCCUUUAUGUGGGGCCCAAUGUCGACGCCGUCUCUAUGGGGUCGCUGACCCACAGCGCCCGCCCCAUUGAUUUCGCCCUCCGGGUGGUGCCGGGAGACGACGUGGGGCAAUAAAUGGGGGGGCCAUGGGGGGCAACGGGACCCCAAAAGGGGAUUUUGGGGUCGAUUCGUGGUCAUGGGACCCCAAAAGGGGACUUUGGGGUCAAUACAUUCCCAUGGGACCCCAAAAGGGGACUUUGGGGUCAACUGAUGGCAA